UGCUGUUCCGCCUCACAGACAGACAGACAGACGGACGGACGGAGUGUGUUCGCUGUCGGUGCGCGUCGGUUGCUGCUGCUGCGCGCUCUCCCGUCUUUCUCUCCACAUCCCUGUGCGCGUGCGCGUCUGUCACCCCUCAGUCCUCUCCUGUCCUCUGCUGUCCUGUCCUGUGCAGAUUUGGGGGUGGUCGAGGUGGAGGCAUGUAGCAGCGGAUCCGCCGGAUUGCCCGCGCCGAGCAGCAUGUAGCACCUGGAGCCUCCCUCCUCCGUCUUCUCUCCCUCCCGGAGCCGCCAGCUCUCCUCUCGAGGGGGGAAGCAUCGCCCGCGCGAGGAUUUUCGGGGAUUUUAUUAGUUUUUUGUGGGUGGGUGGUGGGGGGGGAUUUAUUUAUUUUACAGGAGUGUUUGUGUAGUGUUCAUCCCCGCCGCUCUGCACCUCUCGGUCGAUGGUCGUUGAGGAAGCUUCCAUCUUGAGUCCCGUACACACCGAGAGAACCAUGGCGAGCGACUCCCCAGCGCGGAGUCUGGACGAGAUAGACCUGUCUGCACUACGGGACCCAGCUGGUAUCUUUGAGCUGGUCGAAUUGGUUGGAAAUGGCACCUAUGGGCAGGUCUACAAGGGUCGCCAUGUCAAAACAGGCCAGCUUGCUGCUAUUAAGGUCAUGGAUGUCACAGGAGAUGAGGAGGAGGAGAUUAAAGCGGAGAUCAACAUGUUAAAGAAGUACAGCCAUCACAGGAACAUCGCGACCUAUUAUGGAGCCUUCGUCAAGAAAAACCCUCCCGGGAUGGAUGACCAGCUCUGGCUGGUGAUGGAGUUCUGCGGAGCCGGAUCGGUGACGGAUCUGAUCAAAAACACCAAAGGGAACUCUCUGAAGGAGGAGUGGAUCGCCUACGUCUGCAGGGAGAUCCUCAGGGGUCUGACCCAUCUCCACCAGCACAAGGUCAUCCACAGAGAUAUCAAGGGCCAGAACGUGUUGCUGACGGAGAACGCCGAGGUUAAACUAGUGGACUUCGGUGUGAGCGCUCAGCUGGAUCGUACGGUGGGUCGCAGGAACACGUUUAUCGGGACGCCGUACUGGAUGGCCCCGGAGGUCAUCGCCUGUGACGAGAACCCAGACGCCACGUAUGACUUCAAGAGUGAUCUGUGGUCGCUCGGUAUCACAGCCAUAGAGAUGGCAGAGGGAGCACCACCUCUGUGUGACAUGCAUCCAAUGAGAGCGCUCUUCCUCAUCCCCAGAAAUCCUGCCCCCAGACUCAAGUCAAAGAAGUGGUCGAAGAAGUUCCAGUCGUUCAUAGAUAGCUGUCUGGUGAAGAGCCACAGCCAGAGGCCGAGCACCGAGCAGCUCCUCAAGCACCCCUUCAUCAGGGACCUUCCCAACGAGCGGCAGGUCCGCAUCCAGCUGAAGGACCACAUCGACCGCACCAAGAAGAGGAGGGGGGAGAGAGAUGAGACAGAAUACGAGUACAGUGGGAGCGAGGAGGAGGACGAAGAGAGGGACAUUGGAGAGCCAAGUUCCAUCAUCAACAUUCCCGGGGAGUCGACUCUGAGGCGCGACUUCCUGCGCCUCCAGUUGGCCAAUAAGGAGCGUUCGGAGCUGAUCCGGCGUCAGCAGCUGGAGCAGCAGCAGAACGAGGAGCACAAACGCCAACUGCUGGCUGAGAGGCAGAAACGCAUUGAGGAGCAGAAAGAACAGAGGCGACGGCUGGAGGAGCAACAGCGCCGGGAGCGAGAGAUGAGGAAGCAACAGGAGCGCGAACAGAGGAGGAGGUACGAAGAGAUGGAGCAGCUCCGCCGGGAGGAGGAGCGGAGGCACGCCGAGAGAGAACAGGAGUACAUCCGUAGACAGCUGGAGGAGGAACAGAGACAGUUGGAGAUCCUGCAGCAGCAGCUCCUGCAGGAGCAAGCUUUACUGCUGGAGUACAAGAGGAAGCAGAUAGAGGAGCAGCGGCAGGCCGAGCGGCUGCAGAGGCAGCUGCAGCAGGAGCGAGCGUACCUGGUGUCACUGCAGCAGCAGCAGCAGGAGCCGCAGCGACCGCCGCAGGACAAGAAGCAGCUGUACCAUUACAAAGACCAGGCGCCCGGCAGCAACGACAAACCCGCCUGGGCCAAAGAGGUGAUGCGUCGAGCUCAGAGCAACUCGCCUCGCAUCCCUCCCAAGAAAUACCACUCCUUCAGAGAGACGCGAGACGUCAACCUCGACAACCUCCUCUUACUCCCCGGUUACAAACCUCGCCGCUCCCGCCCGCCUUCCUACCCCGCACACGUCAGUCCCUCCAGGGAUAACCCCAACGUGCCUCGAAUCCGUGUCACUUGUGUCCCCGAACGUAACCCCAGCUCCUCUCAGCCGGUGAUGCGCCGGCAGAGCCUGGACAAGGGCCCUGACUUCAGGGGCCGGAGCCCCAGCCGCCGGGUGGAGGAGCAUUAUAAGAUGAACAGACAGACUUCUCCUGCGUUGCAGCAUAAAGUCUCCAACCGGAUCUCGGACCCGUCGCUGCCGCCGCGCUCUGAGUCCUUCAGCAGCGGAGGCAUCCAGCAGGCCCGGACCCCGCCGAUGCACCGCUCCGUCGAGCCGCAGAUGGCCCACCUGGUGCAGGUGAAGAGUCACGGUCUGUCAGGGUCCCAGUCUCUGUACGACCCCCACGGCGUGUCCUCCUCCUCAGCGUCGCCCUCCCCCUCCCGGCCUCCCAUGCCCCGGCAGAACUCCGACCCCACCUCCGACACCCCUCCUCCCCCGCCCCUUUCCCGCCUGGCGCCCCCCCUCGACAAGUUGGACCGCAGCUCCUGGCUGCGUCAGGACGACGACAUGCCCCCCAAGGUUCCUCAGAGGACGACCUCCAUCUCUCCUGCUCUGGUCAGGAAGCACUCUCCUGGAAAUGGACCUGGCCUGGGACCUCGGGCUGGAGCUCACCUCAUACGGGCUAGCAACCCCGACCUGCGGAGGACCGACGUUUCCAUGGAGACGCCCCUGAAGAGGACGAGCAGCGGCAGCUCCUCCAGCUCCAGCACCCCCAGCUCCCAGGGAGGCUCCAAUGAACGAGGUAAUUCAGCCAUUAAGACUGAAGGCUCGACACUUUCUUCCCAUGAGACCAAAGAUGACGGGCGAGAGGUGACACGACCCAGCAGGCCUGCAAGCUAUAAGAAAGCUGUAGACGAGGACCUGACGGCUCUGGCCAAAGAGCUGCGAGAGCUGCGGCAGGGCGAGGAAACCAGCCGCCCGCCUGUCAAAGUGACGGACUACUCGUCAUCCAGCGAGGACUCUCACAGCAGCGAGGACGAGGAGGGCGAGGGCGGAGCCAACGACGGAUCCGUGGCCGUCAGCGAUAUACCGCGCAUCAUGCCAGCAGCGAGUCAAGGUACCAACGAGUCCUUCGGCAUGAUGGGAGGUCACAACGACACCCACGACGACUCGUAUGGGAACAGCUCCCAGGACAGCACGCUGAUGAUGCGCGAGAAACAUAGGGAACGGAGGCGGAGCUCAACUGCCAGCAACGGUUUCCCAGGCAACGCUAAUCUGUUCCCUGGCAACGCCAAUCUCCCCGAUUUGGUGCAGCAAAGCACCUCCCCCCUGGUCUCCCCUGGCGACGCCUCUGGGGCCCAAUACGGGAUGGGAAGCAGCGGAGGCUCCAAGGCUUCCUUCACACCGUUCGUUGAUCCGAGGGUGUAUGGGACCUCCCCGACUGACGACGACGAUAACAUCUCGGCCUCAGCGCUGUUUGCUGACGAGCUGCUGAAGCACGAGCAGGAGCAGGCGAGGCUCAACGAGGCCAGGAAGAUCUCUGUGGUCAACGUGAACCCGACCAACAUCCGACCGCACAGCGACACGCCCGAGAUCCGCAAAUACAAGAAACGUUUCAACUCCGAGAUCCUCUGCGCUGCUCUCUGGGGAGUUAAUCUGCUGGUGGGGACGGAGAACGGCCUGAUGCUGCUGGAUCGAAGCGGUCAAGGGAAAGUUUACAAUCUGAUCAAUCGGCGGCGCUUCCAACAGAUGGACGUCCUGGAGGGACUCAACGUCCUGGUCACCAUCUCAGGGAAGAAGAACAAGUUGCGUGUUUACUACCUGUCCUGGCUGAGGAACAGGAUAUUACACAACGACCCUGAAGUGGAAAAGAAACAGGGUUGGAUCACUGUUGGGGAGCUGGAGGGCUGCGUGCACUAUAAAGUCGUGAAGUAUGAGAGGAUUAAAUUCUUGGUGAUUGCUCUGAAGAACUCGGUGGAGAUCUACGCCUGGGCGCCUAAACCUUACCACAAGUUUAUGGCCUUCAAGUCGUUCACUGACCUGCAGCAUCGUCCCCAGCUGGUUGAUCUGACCGUGGAGGAGGGACAGAGGUUAAAGGUCAUCUACGGCUCCAGUGUCGGCUUCCACGUCAUCGAUGUGGACUCUGGAAACCCCUACGACAUCUACAUCCCCUCACAUAUUCAGGGUCAGGUGACCCCGCACGCCAUCGUGGUUCUGCCCAAGACGGACGGCAUGGAGAUGCUGCUGUGCUACGAGGACGAGGGCGUCUACGUCAACACCUACGGACGCAUCACCAAAGACGUGGUGCUGCAGUGGGGCGAGAUGCCCACCUCCGUCGCCUACAUCCACUCCAACCAGAUCAUGGGUUGGGGAGAGAAGGCCAUUGAGAUCCGCUCCGUGGAGACGGGACACCUCGACGGAGUUUUCAUGCACAAGCGAGCUCAGCGACUGAAGUUCCUGUCGGAGAGGAACGACAAGGUUUUCUUCGCCUCGGUGCGUUCUGGAGGCAGCAGCCAAGUCUUCUUCAUGACCCUCAACAGAAGCUCCAUGAUGAACUGGUAACACCUCUCCUUCAAACCCACAACCCUCCUCUUCUUCACUCUGAACAUCGCCCCGACAUCAGGAGAGAGGGAUGACAGGAGGACAGUGUGUAUGUGUAUACAAUGUGUGUGUGUGUGUGUGUGUGUUUGUGGAGGAAAACAACGAGCUGCUUAACGAUUGACGAUUGAGCAACCGGAGGACGAGUUAAACCACAGGACCGUGUCCCCCGUUAUAGAUACCCUCCAGCUAUAGGGGGCGCUACAGGCCCCGUGGAUGGUGUCACUGCCUGCUGGGUGACUCCACAUACUGACUGUGGACGAUGCCUUCGCCUUCCCUGUGGACUGUUCGAUUGGGCUGAUGGAGUUUUUAAAAGGACACUGACAUCAUGCCGAGUAGCCUUUGACGUCCCCAUUUGGUUGAAUGGGGAGCUGUAGAGAAGUUCUCUGUGUAGCACAUUAAUGAUUUCUUACAGGGUGUUCACACUGCGAGUACGAUUUGUCUCUGCUUGUUGGUGGUGAUGCAAGUGUUCUGACUGCGUUUACUGCAGUGAAUCAGACAUAUUUUACUGCGCUGUGCUGUAGUGAGUGAACACGAGGUAGCAUCAAUAGGAGAAGAAAACUUGAGCUUGUCCUCGACCCAAAAAGUGGAGGUUUUUUGAGACGUAAAAGUCACUCUGGGCAACUCAGUACAUCCACACUAAGCCGGCUAAAGGUUUUUCCCUUCAGUUUGGCCUUGCGUCCAGACUAAGCUUUUUGGAAACAACGUGAAAAAAACUAUUUUUUUUUACAGUGCACGAGCGAGAGUGAGCUUUUGUAAAACAACUUCAGCCUGCCCAGACACUCAAACUUUUUACAACACGUACCACCUCCAAAUGUUGCAGUAUUUCGACGCUAUACUACCAUAGUUUGAGGACCAGUGUCCUAGACAAAAGUCGAAAGUUUUGAGAGAAACAGGAAAUUUCUGAACCCCUUUUUUGAUGUUUUCCAGUGCGUAGAAGUGUCGACGCUAUGGCCAAAUCUGAUUUUAUCACAUUUUCCACAUCACACACAAUCUGACACAGCUGAUAUUGUGCAGUCGGACACAGAUUGCGAAUGAAGUUUGAUUGUAUUUAUUUCAAACAUGUAAAAGAAAAAAAGAUAAAAAACAGGAUAAGAUAACAUUAAAGUGAAAUAAACGAUAAUCAUAUAUGAAUAAAUCCCCAUAAACAACACACAUUAAAUCCUACAUGUUCAAAAAGGAGUAGGAGGAUGUAUACACUUAUUUAUUUCUAGCCCUUCCCCGCUAUUUAUCAAUUAAAUCAUUUGUUAUCUCACACUGUGUUAUAUGCAGUGAAUUUGUCACCUUUCUUCAAGAGUUUACUGAAUUAGCCGGCUAAGUGUGGACAAUCAGUCUUCAACCACUCUGAAUCACCGACCAAAUGUUGGAUCCAAGAAAUAUAUGUGACGGCGUUUGUCGUUGAUAUCAUUAAAAUAACCUCUUGAUAGUGAUCCGACUGAAUCUCAACGUUUUCUAGACAAAUAUCUUGUAGCAAAAAAAACAGAAGAGUGUCUUCUUUGCGCCGUCAGACGUGACGAUCAGAGGGCGGCCACGCUGGAAUCUGAAACCCUGUAAAGUUCAGCCGUGGCCUUUCCCCGAUCGUCACUCUGUAUUUGUGACGGUGCCGCUCACAGUGUGAACACUCGUUCUAAAUGCUGCUGCUGAAACACCUUCCCCAUUAGGAGAGAAAAAUACUACAAGCAAGCAGUUAGUGUCACAGGGGAAAGGAGAGAUUUACACGCGUCAUUGAGGAUGCUGCACAGUUGGUUUCAGCUACUGUGGCUACUUUGUCCUGGUGUAUUUCUGGUAGGGGAAGGAAGGUUGUAGAUAUUGUAUAAUUGCUGCAACAGCAACACAAUAACAAAAAUCUUCACAUCAUUUCUCACAAGAAGAACUUGGCGUAGAGUAGUUGCCAACUUCUCAAAGUUUCUACUUUUGCUGCCCUUUGUUCCCUCCACUUUUUUUCUGUCCCUGCUGUUCUGUGUACACUGCACCUGUGUAAAUACUCACUUUGAUGUUAAAGGACAGACUUUUUCGCAAAGCAGGUGAAAACUCUGAAGAAAAAAAUAACAGUCUUGCUUUUUUUUUUGUUUUUUAUUUGUCAUACCUCUGUAAAUCUGUCCGAUCUGUAGUUUCUCUCAUACGGGAGGGUUUUUAUUCCAACCAACGAGCUGAGCAAAGACUUACACAAAAGUUUGGUUUAACACUCCAAGUUUACUCUUUUUCUCUGUAGUCCAUCACUGUUUAUUUAGUUGUGCGUUUUGCAUGGUGACAUACAUGUUUGACCCGUCGUCACUUGUUAUGAAUCGUAAGUUUAAGGCAAUACACUGACUGUUGGGGCUGCAGAAGGUCGGACGCUCGGACUCAAACUUUCUACACGAGCCCCUAAAGCAUUUUUCUCACUGUAAAUUGAAAGUUUAAACUUAGCUUAGCCUCUGGGCUUUUAUCUUAUGAGUAAACAGUUGGAUACGUCAAACGAUGUGUACGCUGGAGGAUUAUACAUUUACCAUUAAAUCUAUAUUUUAGGCAUUUUGUUGACGCUCACCCCCAGAGCAGCUUAUAAAGAGCGAGCAGGACGGGGCUCAGCAUUGCGGGGUUGACACUUUGACGAUGAUCUCCAUAAAAGCAGAUGUUUGUGGGACUGUGAUCAGGCUGCGAGAGAGGAGAGUGGUUCAUCUUUUACUUGAUAUUUCCUUUGUUGUUCGUUGACUUUUAAGGGAUGCGACGAGGUGUAAGCGAUGCCGCUUUGAGGCCAGCUGAAGCCUUUUACAUGUGCAGGAUGUUAGCAUUAAUCAACACCCUGUGAAUAAAGGUCAGGAGGCAGGGUCAGUUGGAGAAACCAUAGAUUAAAAAGAUAUAUAUACUGUAAGAAUUUUCGUUAUGAUGAUAUCUUACUGAUCAUUUUAGAGAAAGACAAAAAAAUAAUGUUCACUUAUUAAAGCUUAGUUGUCUUUCUACAGAAUAGAGAACAUAGCUAUAAGAAUUUCUAAAAAAAAAAAAAAUACAAUGUUUUUAUUGUGGUAUUAUUUGUAUUUGUAUUUCAAUUUUUGUACGUAUCAAGACUGUGAACGUAUGUACGGCUGUCAGCCUGUGAGUGUGAGUGUGUGUGCGUGUGUGUGUGUGUGUUUGGGUGUGUAGGUGAGCAGGUAUGUGCACAGGUGUGUGACAUGCAUGUGAGUGUAUGUUUUCACCUCGUUUGAAUCACUGGAAUCAGUCAAAAAAGACGACCUCAAUCUGGUAACACACAUCUGUGAUGUUGGAAAAUUCUACAAUAAAUGUCCUCUCCUUGUACAGCAA